AUGCCACACAAUGCGGAAAAUAUAAUAAAGUAUAUACUAAACCAGAAAGAUUUUGUUCUUGAUAAGUUCAUGAGCAAGAUGUUUCCAGAGUUUUGGAAAAAUAUGCUCGAUUAUGCAAGAUAUAUAAAUACAAAAAUCCUUAAAUACAAAUUUCAAAAGUCCUACACAUUUAAAUAUGAGAAAAUAGCUCAAGCUCUAAUGACUGUUCUUCCUAAAAUCAGAAUUAGAGGCUAUUCAGCUGAUAAAUUAACAGAUGCCGAUCAUUUCUUUGCUAUGAUGUUCCAUCCAGAAUCUCCUGAAGAUACUCGCCAACUAUUCCAACCGACUUACUUGAUGUUCCUUGAAACUUGUAAUUCGAGUGAACUUCAAUUCUUAAAAUACUCAUUUAAAUAUUAUGUACCAAUUCCAUUUCUUGCUACUGGAGAAGAUGGAAAAGCUCUCAUCGAAUCUUUCAUUGAUAAGCAAACAGAUAAAAUUCUGACAGAUCCAAACGCAAAAGCAAACAUUCAAUGCAACGUUAAAGCAUGCAUGAAAACACUUUUGAUGUGGCUUCUUAAUAAAUGGGAUAAGGUCUCAUCAAAUGUAAUGCAACUUUUCAUCGAAAAGAUAUUGAGUGCAGCGUAUCCAACAGAAGCAGAGAAAACAGGAUGGGAAUUACCGCAAUAUCGCCUGAAAAAUCAACUUCCUUCCGAUGUUCAUGAGGUUCUUUGCAAAUUCUUCGUAGAUCUCUUCUCUGAAGAGCAUAACUUCGUAGCUCUUCUUAUUGAUAAGAAGAAACUAUGCUUUAUUGUCGAAUUACUCGCAUCGUCAUUAACAAACGUAUCUCAAGAUUCUACAAAGUAUUCAAUUCAGGCAUUUGCCGCUAUCCAACGUAUGGCAGGUUUAAGUGAAGGUUUUCAAGCUGCAGGCCUGACAAAGAAAAUAUGCCAUACUACAAUCGACCUUUUCAAUACAAAUCCAAUCCCAUCGACUGGAGCUCUUCUUUCAGAAUUUGGAUUUUGGCUUUUCCGUGAUAAGAAAGUUCAUCCAGUUGAAGUUCGCGCGAAAAAUUUCACAAUAACUCUCGAUUACGCAAAGAAAAACGACUACGCUGCAUCAAUCAUCUUGGGAUCUUUUAUUUCGAGUGGAUUGGUCAGUGGCGAAAAGGAAUCGAAAAUUUGGGAUUGUUUAGUAUACGAAAUCUUCAUAAACAAAUUAUUUUCUGCCACAGCAGCUAAAUACAUGCAAUUAAUCGCUACUCUUCAGUUCCCAAGAGUUCUCGAUAUUAAUAAAGAAACGAUCGUUGAUGAAUGCACAACAACUCGCCACAAAUACAUCCGAAAUAAAAUUUCUACAUGGAAUGAUAUUGUAUGCAAAAACAUCAGGGAAAUUCUUGAUGAACCUGCAAAAUUUGCUCAAAAUAAUAUGACCAUCGAAUGGCCAAGCUUUGAAAAGUACGAUGCAUUUUUAAAGCAAAUACCAUACACUCCAUGCGCUGAUUUUAAGACUGAAACUGAAGAAAUCAGGACAACAACUGAUCUCUUUCUUUCAUCUCUCGAUAAAUUCGGAAAAAUGGAAGAAAUAAGAUGCCAUGUGAAUGGAUUUGCAGUUAUCAACUCGUACUACAUGGCAUUUAACAAAUUAAAACUUGUACCUGCAGAUUGCCAACAUUCCUCUAUAAAUCCAUUCCUAAUAGCAUCGAGAAGACUUAUCAGACAUCUUUGUGUUACUCAUGAAAACGAAAUCUUGAGAAAUGGAUUAAAUACGAUUCAUCAAUUUAUUCGUACUCAAGAUUUAAAGCUUCAUCUUUCUGAUCAGUUGCUUACUGACAUCUAUACAAUUAUCAUCUUCUGCUGCCUUUCAGCUAAUGUCAAGACCGCUCAAGUUGGAUUUGAAACAGGAGCAACAAUGAUUGCUAUUGGUUAUAAAGGAUCAUCAAUGUUAGUUCCUAUACUAUCGAAAAUGAUUAAAUAUAACCCAUUCGAUAGUGCUUCUGCUGUCACAUUUUUCUCAUCAGGCGCUGUCUUCAGAACUCCUCAUAUUCUCGAAGAAAACUUCUUCAACUACUUGAAUGAGAAACUUGAAGCAAGAAAUAAUAAAUUAGUCAAGGAUUGGAAAGAAAUUCUUGUCAAAGAAUCAGAAUCAUCAAUCCAAGAUGCUGUAAACUCAAUAGAAGCAAUCUACAAGCUUGAAAACCGCAAUCCUGAAAAUGUUAUUACAUUAUCAGGUAACUUAAUAAUCGAUGAAAUUGUUCAACCGAAUCCGAACCCAGAAAUAGUAUCCAAACUCAUAUCUUUCAUCACAGGAAUUGCACAAACCUUCAAUAUUCCUGCUUUGCAGAUGUUCCAAGCUGUUUGUCAGCAUGCUUCACAACUUUUGAAGUUUUGCAAAGAAGAAUUUUGCAAUUCUAUAAAAGAAAUGGCCAGUAUUUCAGAUAAAAUUGAUCUAAAAACAGAUCCACAAUUCACAUUCCUUUUCCUUCAAAUAAUGAUGUCAAUAUUGGUCACAUCUCAAACAGCUGGCAAGAAUGGUAUCGAGAAAUUCGCAGAUUUGAUAAACAGAUUCAUUAAAGAAACGAAAUUCCCAGCAGACUAUCCACCACAGAUCCAACAAUUCGCAAUAUCUUCGAGAGAAAUGUUAGCGAUUUUCUUAGGUGGAUAUCCUUUCUCAGAUCCAGUUAUUCCAAGCUCAAGAUAUCUCAAGAAACCAGAGCAACAACUGACAUUGUUGUUGCCAAAUGGAGUUUACCUCACACCAGACAAACUCGAAAAUGGUGGAACAAGUUUCACUGUUCAAACAAAAGGCGGCCAAUUCACAUGGGAUAUGACACCACUUACAAACAUCUACGAAGAUCACGAAAUGCCAUUCACUUUUGACAAAGAGAAUUUCGUUGAAAUUCCAGUUCCUGAUAAAACAGGACAGUCAGAAUUCAACAAAGCAUUUUGUGAUAGAUUUGAUACCGUUGCAGGCACAUUUGGCAGAGAAUAUCACACUGAUGUCAUGAAAGACGAUCAAGAAAAUAUGACUGAAAUGCUUGAUACAAUCGAGAAAUAUUACAACAAUUUCCUCGAUGAAUUCCAAGUCAAGCCAGCAGAAAAAAUUAGACUGAAUGUUUGCGUCGAAUUCCCUGUUGCUGCAUCAUUAAAAGCUCUUGGUAUUGUCGAAGGAAAGCAGACAGAUAUGCUCAAAGAAACAGCAGUAAUGAUAUCAGAAGAUGAAAAUCAGAAACCACAACAGAUAGUUCCUUCAAACAAGAUUCCUGAAAUUAUGCCAAAAUUAAACAGAUCUCCAACUCCGCCUCCUAAAUCUCAACUUAGAGAGCCGCAAAGUGUUCCUAAUAAGCCGACAUUGACGCCUCACAAGAUAAUAGGAAUAUCAUCACAGAAUUCGACACCAACACUUGAGAUGAAAUUCCAAGCGAAACAUGUCGACACGUUACUCUAUAACACGAUCAAACAAGACCAUCGGCAUUGGGAGAAAGCUGCAAUCUGUUACAUCUCUGAUUCUCCGCCUGACCAAACGAAGAUAAUACAAACAGAAAUUGAUAAAGUUUCACCUCGAUUCAAAGAAUUCAUAACAUUACUCGGAUGGAAUGUGAAAUUGAAAGAAUGGCCUGUAUACACUGGUGGUCUUGACAAUCAUAAAGAUAAAGAUGGCUUGUCAUCAAUAUACACCACAAACUUCGAUUACGAACUUAUGUAUCAUGUCUGUCCGUUGAUGCCUACUGAUCCUAAUGAUGAACAGUGUAUUGACAAGAAGAAACACAUUGGUAAUGAUGCCGUUCAGAUAUUGUUUGUUGAGAAUGAGAAACAAAUCGAUCCAUUAAUCAUUUCUAGUCAAAGCAAUACUGUUACUAUCAUUGUUUAUCCUCUUCAAACAGGUCUAUAUUCAAUUGAUACUUAUUAUCGGUCAUCAAUUAAAUGGUGUGGACCAUUAACGAAACCUUUAGUUGUCCGGAAAGAAGCACUGAAUUCUCUUAUCAAUUCAACAGUUCACAUUGCAAUUAUGAGUAUAAGAUUCGCACAAAUGCCAUACAAUCAUCCUUUGCUUGACAUUGACAAGAAGAUUCAGCAAUUGAUAUCAGAAUAUACUCAGCCUAAGUAUGGAGGUAGAAGUCUAUACUUGGACAUUUUAUUAAUGUGA